AUGCAUACCUUGUUUACGGAUCAGAACACUUUCUCGCGGCACUACGGUCAUGUGCAGCCGGGAUAUCCGGCCAACACCGGAACCAUGGCUCCUUCUCAUCAUUACCCGUACGAUCAAUACUCAAGAUAUCCGUACGCUAGGUCCGCCUACGCUCUGACGGCUGCCCAUCAAAAUAAGGAAAUGGUGAAACCUCCCUAUUCCUACAUUGCUCUGAUAACUAUGGCAAUUCAAAAUGCUGCCGACAAAAAGAUCACCCUGAACGGAAUCUAUCAGUACAUCAUGGAUGCCUUUCCGUACUAUCGGGAAAAUAAGCAAGGAUGGCAAAAUUCGAUUCGGCAUAAUCUGAGCUUGAACGAAUGCUUCGUCAAGGUACCACGCGAUGAUAAGAAACCAGGUAAAGGCAGCUACUGGACACUCGAUCCCGACUCGUACAACAUGUUCGACAACGGAUCGUACCUUCGCCGUAGACGACGGUUCAAGAAAAAGGAUGCCCUCAGGGAAAAGGAAGAAAUGGCGAAGCGCCAAGGUAUGAUGCUAGAGGAGAAAAUGGGUGAUAUAAAGCCAAUCAAAAUUAUGGGCGCUUCCCAUCUGGAUGGUAAACAAUUUAGCCAUCAGUUCAAGCGAGAGCCAGGACUUGAUCUUGCUGCGCAGUGCAUGGUUAAGGAUAGUUUAACGCCUACGAUUCUCAACUCCUGCCACGAAACGCUGGCUACGCAAAUGAAUCACCUUUCAACCGGUGACCAUGGCUUCACGGUGGAUUCUUUAAUGAACGUCUACAAUCCACGGCUUCACCAUACGUCCUAUCCGUACCACUUCAACGAAGACCAAUUGGUGACAACAUCGACGCAAUACCGUCACCAGCAUAGUACCGCCCAUCAUCCGCCUCCACAUGGAGGAUGGUACACGCCAGAGACUCCACCGGAAUCGAUUGGGAAUACCUCCGGAGGCAGUUCGUCAACACCGACCAUUCCGACAUCGACGCAGCAUUCGUCCGGCUUUCGGGACAUGGUUUUCGAGCACAGUCAAACCAACUGCCAACUGGAUACAGGCAGCCCGAGCAACAGUAUAACGUCCGCCAGUCCACCGGUUAUUCCAGGCACGACAAGCAGUUCUGCGGCAGCUGCAGCCGCCGUCGCAGCCGGACACCUGACCGCCGGUAACCUCAGUCAUCUUGGACAUUAUCGGUCACACGUCGGCUACUACCAGGAUUGUGGUAUCAAGUACGUGUAA